UGAGCGCUGGUCUAAGCCUCCUGACAACUUCCUAAAGAUAAACAUUGAUGGUUCGUUCCUAAAAGAUAACAGUACAGGAGGUUGGGGUUUUUGUGUUAGGGAUGCUUCUGGAGAUGUCGUCGGUGCUGGCAUGGGCCAAAUCCACUUCCUGUCGGAUGCUUUGCAUGCAGAGUCGAUAGCUUGUCUGAAGGCGAUUGAGUUUGCUACUGAAGUUGGGUUUGGGCGUAUCAUCAUUGAAACAGACUCCACAGUGCUAGCCACAGCUCUUCUUUCCAAUGAAUUGGAUACUGCUCGUAUCGGAAUUCUCUUUCGGGAGGCAAAAUUUCUUCUUUUUACUAGCUUUAUUGAGUUUAAAGUGCAUGUGUGUAAGCGUGCCUGUAACUCAGUGGCACAUGUUCUGGCUACCCAUGGUGCCCAUAUGUCCCAGGGAGGUACCAUGUAUUGGCAUGACGCUGUUCCUGACAUUGUAUCUUCUGUGGUGGCUAGCGAUCUAGCUGCUUCUGCUUCUGUAUGUUAAUAAAGCCAGGUUAAAGUUUUCAAAAAAAAAAAAACUUCACCCAUCGUGGUGAGCCUCCAACGAUCAGUCAUGGUUUUUGUUUUUUCGCAGCGGUUCUCAGCAAGUCUACAUCAUCGCCGGCAUGCCAAAAGGUGAUACCCCGAGACUACAACAUGUACCGAUAACUCGCCUGUAAUCUACAGCAGUCCAGUGAGCAUUGCGUUCCUGAUGUCUCCGAAGCUCACAACUUAGUAACAUUUUUGGUCCAUGUCCAAAUAAUAGUCAAAACAUAGCAACAAAUUUCAGCAUCCCUUGUUUC